AUGAAGAAGAAGACGACGUCCAAGAGGCCGUCCCCGUCCCAUCCCCCACGAAGAAGAAGAAGACGUGGAAAAGGCCGCUCCCCCUCGCCCCCCGUCCAUCCAUCCAUCCAUCCAUCUCCACCGCAUCCCCCCUCGCCCCGUCCCAUCUACAUAGUACUCUCCUCCGACCCCGUCGAGGAAGAAGAAGAAGAGGUCCAAGAGGCUGCUCCCGCUCCCGCGCCGGUCCCCCUCGAUGAAGAGGAAGAAGACGUCGAAGAUGCCGCCCCCGCCCCCGAAGCCGAAGGGGCCCCGGCCCCAAAAACAUAUUACACUGAACUGGAAGACCGCCACCCUGGGACAAACUGUCUUAUUCCUACCCUCCGGCUGAGGUGUGCUCGGAUUAGUCCUGGUCCCCGGCGGACUACUGCGGCGGCAGCGGUACGCCGCAUGGCGGACUAA